CUCCGGAAGCCCAAUAGGAGGCUGGCGGGGGCGGGCGCGGUGGAUAUAUAAGCGCCGGCGGCGCGUCGGUUGCCGCACUCUGCGCGCUCGCUCCUCGGCCCUCGCCUCGUCCUUGCGCCGCCGCAGCCCCCGUCCCGCCGCCGCCAUGAGGGAGAUCGUGCACCUGCAGGCCGGCCAGUGCGGCAACCAGAUCGGCGCCAAGUUUUGGGAGGUGAUCAGCGACGAACAUGGCAUCGACCCUACGGGCACCUACCACGGGGACAGCGAUCUGCAGCUGGAGCGGAUCAACGUGUACUACAACGAGGCCACCGGUGGCAAGUACGUGCCCCGCGCUGUGCUCGUGGACCUGGAGCCGGGCACCAUGGACUCCGUGCGCUCGGGGCCCUUCGGGCAGAUCUUCAGGCCGGACAAUUUCGUCUUCGGUCAGAGCGGUGCUGGGAACAACUGGGCCAAGGGACACUACACAGAAGGUGCGGAGCUCGUUGACUCAGUACUGGAUGUCGUGAGGAAGGAGGCGGAGAGCUGUGACUGCCUGCAGGGCUUCCAGCUGACCCACUCUCUGGGAGGGGGGACUGGGUCUGGGAUGGGCACCCUCCUCAUCAGCAAGAUCCGGGAGGAGUACCCUGACCGCAUCAUGAACACCUUCAGUGUGGUGCCCUCGCCCAAGGUGUCGGACACCGUGGUGGAGCCCUACAACGCCACCCUCUCCGUGCACCAGCUUGUGGAGAACACAGAUGAAACCUACUGCAUUGACAACGAGGAUGACAUCUGCUUCCGAACCCUAAAGCUGACUACACCUACUUACGGGGACCUGAACCACCUGGUGUCGGCCACCAUGAGUGGGGUCACCACCUGCCUGCGCUUCCCGGGCCAGCUCAAUGCUGACCUGCGCAAGCUGGCCGUCAACAUGGUCCCCUUUCCCCGCCUGCACUUCUUCAUGCCCGGCUUUGCCCCACUGACCAGCCGGGGCAGCCAGCAGUACCGGGCGCUGACGGUGCCUGAGCUCACCCAGCAGAUGUUCGAUGCCAAGAACAUGAUGGCAGCCUGUGACCCGCGCCACGGCCGCUACCUGACCGUGGCCGCUGUGUUCCGGGGCCGCAUGUCCAUGAAGGAGGUGGACGAGCAGAUGCUCAACGUGCAGAACAAGAACAGCAGCUACUUCGUGGAGUGGAUCCCCAACAACGUGAAGACGGCCGUGUGCGACAUCCCGCCCCGGGGGCUAAAAAUGUCUGCCACCUUCAUCGGCAACAGCACGGCCAUCCAGGAGCUGUUCGCGCGCAUCUCGGAGCAGUUCACGGCCAUGUUCCGCCGCAAGGCCUUCCUGCACUGGUACACGGGCGAGGGCAUGGACGAGAUGGAGUUCACCGAAGCAGAGAGCAACAUGAACGACCUGGUGUCCGAGUACCAGCAGUACCAGGACGCCACGGCCGAGGAGGAGGGCGAGUUUGAGGAGGAGGCUGAGGAGGAGGUGGCCUAGGGCUGUCCGGUACCCGGUAAAGCGCGGAAGCCAUGAAACUCUUUAUUUGUUCCCAGCUUGUCCUCUGACAGUUGUGUCUCACUGUGUGUGUGUGUUUGUUCUUCUUCCUGUCUUGACAUCACAUGCUGUACAGACGCCACCAUUAAAGCGUUUUCAUAGUG